GAGCAGGGGCGGGGCCGCGGCGGCGCGCGGACGCUGAGCCGCUCCGGGCUUCUAGAGGCAGCCGCGCAGCCACUGGCAGGAGGCCCCCAGUCUGUGUUCCCUGAGCCUCGAGACCCGGGACUUCGGGGGCGCGGAGGGAGGCGAGGAGCAGAGCCCGCUGAGGGGGAGGAAGCGCGCGGUGCUGCUUGCUCCUUUACAGACCGCUUUCUACACUCCAUUUCGGAACUGGGUGGGGGUGGCGUGGCCGGCGACGGGAGGAAUUCGAACGCCCGCACCCAGAAGGAAAGAUUUCACCUGUGUUUCGAGGCAGCGCGCCGGACUUGAAGGGAGCGGCGGGCAGCUCUUGCUUCUGGCACAAUGGGCUGUACGCUGAGCGCCGAGGACAAGGCGGCGGUGGAGCGGAGUAAGAUGAUCGACCGGAACCUCCGCGAGGAUGGCGAAAAGGCGGCUCGGGAGGUCAAGCUGCUGCUGCUGGGUGCUGGUGAAUCUGGGAAAAGUACAAUUGUGAAACAAAUGAAAAUUAUCCAUGAAGCUGGGUAUUCAGAAGAGGAGUGUAAGCAGUACAAAGCAGUGGUCUACAGUAAUACCAUCCAGUCAAUCAUCGCUAUCAUUAGGGCCAUGGGGAGGUUGAAGAUAGACUUUGGUGACUCAGCUCGAGCGGAUGAUGCCCGCCAACUCUUUGUGCUCGCUGGUGCUGCUGAGGAAGGUUUUAUGACUGCCGAACUUGCUGGAGUUAUAAAGAGGCUGUGGAAAGACAGCGGCGUACAAGCUUGCUUCAACAGAUCCCGAGAGUACCAGCUUAAUGAUUCUGCAGCAUACUAUCUGAAUGACUUGGACAGAAUUGCACAACCAAAUUAUAUCCCAACUCAACAAGAUGUUCUCAGAACUCGAGUGAAAACUACAGGAAUUGUUGAAACCCAUUUUACUUUCAAAGAUCUUCAUUUUAAAAUGUUUGAUGUGGGAGGACAGAGAUCUGAGCGGAAGAAAUGGAUUCACUGCUUUGAAGGAGUGACGGCCAUCAUCUUCUGUGUGGCGCUGAGUGACUAUGACCUGGUUCUGGCCGAAGAUGAAGAAAUGAACCGAAUGCAUGAAAGCAUGAAGUUGUUCGACAGCAUAUGUAACAACAAAUGGUUUACAGACACAUCCAUUAUACUUUUUCUAAACAAGAAGGAUCUCUUUGAAGAAAAAAUCAAAAAAAGCCCUCUCACUAUAUGCUAUCCAGAAUAUGCAGGCUCAAACACAUAUGAAGAGGCAGCUGCAUAUAUUCAAUGUCAGUUCGAAGACCUCAAUAAAAGAAAGGACACCAAGGAAAUAUACACCCACUUCACAUGUGCCACGGAUACCAAGAAUGUGCAGUUUGUCUUUGAUGCUGUAACAGAUGUCAUCAUAAAAAAUAAUCUUAAAGAUUGUGGUCUCUUCUGAGUUUUGCAGUUAAUGGUAAAAUGCAUUUUCAAACCAAAUGAGUACUUAUAUAUGGAUCUCUCUAGACUAGAGUCUUGCACCAACACAGAAUAUAUGACAGAUGCAUCUGGGACCUGACCAAAGUUGUUGUGUUUUUGUUUUUAUUUGUUUUUAACUGAAAGUAAUGUAAGGACCUUUCUUAAAUUUGAGAGGUGGUCCUGCAAUGUGAAACUAAGGGCAGUGUUAAAGCUGGGCUCUAGUAUAUGGAUGACUUCUACGUAAGUGUAAAUAUGAAAAUGUAUGUAUACAUGUAUUUAUGACUUUAAUUUUCCACAUUACUUUUAGGUAAUAAGAGCGGCAACUUAGAAUUUUAGCGUGAUGGCUUUGGAAAUAACAAAUAUUAAAGUACUUUGUACUCAGUGACAGACUAUUAUCAUGUUUGCCAGUUUUAAACAGCUUUUUAUUUAUGUUCAUGUCCUGUAAAUUUUUAAGUACAGUAAUUAAAUAGUAGGACACAUUGAAGCCUUUGUCUUGAUUAUAUGUAUACCAAUGAUCAUAAAAAUGUUAUUUGUACAAACACUGCACAAACUAUUUUAAUAACAUGAUUUGUUCUUUAAAUUUAAUGUGUUUUAUUGAAAUGUUCUUGAAGAGGAUGACUAUACCUGCCUUUGGAUCAGUUAAACAUUGUAUGCAUUUCAGUUUUUCUUUGAAGAGUGCAUGCUAAUAGAAUUGGUUUGAAAACUGUAAAAUUUCAGGUUUUUGAAGAUAGUACACUAUCUUAGACUUAUAAACAAUUUUUAUUCAGUUGGUUUGUUUUCACUUUGAAUUUUAAUAUUUGGAUGUAUUCAUGCAUUGCCUUAAAGGUAAUGCUAGAUUAAUUUUUAUACACUUUAAAUAACUACAGUUUUAUUUAUAACUAAGUUUAGGUGGAUGUGAGAGCAUUUUUGUGGGUAAAAAAUAAGUUAGCAUAAUGAAUUUUGAGACAUUCAUUUGUGUAUUUCCUUUGGGAAAUCCCUCGUACCUACCAUACAUGAUAGCUCCUUGCUUGGAAGAUAACAAGAAAGAUCUUUGAAUAUUCUGCUGCUGAUACAAUGCAAGCUUUAAACUCACAUUUGUAACUAAUUUGAAAUUUAAUUAUCAUGCUAUAUUAAAAUUACUUUUUUCCAUUAGAUUAUUCAAAUUUCUUCCACUCGCUUGAGUUUAUCAUUUCUUUUUAAAUUGCGCUGUUAUUUCUGAGAAUGAAAUGGGCAAUUACACUUAGAAAAUGAGUAAUAGCAUUUAAGUCAGUGGUUGUAUGCUCAAAUAAGUGUUACACAUCAGCUAGAUACUGAACUUUAUAGUCAUUUUUGUUUUAUUCAUUCAUGGUGUAUCUCUGUGACCUCAUUAUAGCAAAAUGAAUAGCAUUCCAUACCCUACUUCUCUUUUCUUUUUGAAACUCAUCUUGAAAAGGUUAGUCUUUCAGUAACCUUUGUGGGUAAGUAGUUUCUAAAUUUAGUUGUGUGCUAUCGUUUUGUUGAAGUCUGUCUGUUGUGUGUGCAUGUGUCUGUGUGUGUUUAUGUGUGUGUGUAACCAGAAACUACAUUCACAACUGUUUCAUUUUGGGGAUUUGUUUUUCUCCUUUGUAAUGUAAAGAAAUUCAAAGUUACCAAAAUCCUUUAAGUGUAUUAGUUUAGAUUCUUUAUGUGCCUUUCAUGAAAGAUAUGUUUUCAUUAAUUUUAUGGAUGGAAGACCUGUUAUAUUCAUAUUAUGAAGCUAUGUAUGAAAUUCAACUCUCCUAUUAGUAAAUUUGAAUCAUGAGAAGUAGUGGUUUAAAAAGCCACAAAGAAGCACACAUUGGUGACAUCAUUGAUGAAUUCCUGAAAUUUAUUCUGUGUAAUUGUGUUACUAAUAAAACUUAAUAAAUUUGAAUUUUUAAAAUUUUACAAA